CUGACGUGUGUUUGUUCUGGAGCUCACUGCAAGGGCGAGACGUGCCUUGGAGAAUUAUGCAGUUAUGUGAUAAAUCAUCGAACAAAGGAAAUUGAAAAGGGUUGUGUGAACGCUUCGGUGCCAUUAGUGGAACGACGAUCAAUGGGCUCGUGUAUGAUUCCUCCAAUCACAGGAGCAAUGCACCACACAGUAGCAAAGGACGCAUCCGAUCUACUGAAGACCGAGUCAUGCGUAUGCGCAUCGGAUUACUGUAAUGCGGAAAAACCGCAAAUCACUGUUCCUGAGCGACAGCAGUGCCAAACAUUCGUCACUGCAAGCCAACCAGUCAACGUCAUCUCGUCAGGGAAAGAAAUCGGAGAGUUGAUGGGAGUGGCUCAAAAAUGA